AUGGAGUGCAGAUUUAGCAACUAUAUGGACAAAUGCUCAGGUGGACAAAACUACCUCACGGUUGACAAGCACGGCAAAGUGAGCCUGCUUUCAUUAAAGUCACUGGAAAGUUUGGCGGAGGCAGACUGGAAAUCCAUCAAUCCACCCAAAAAACUAAACCACCGUGGAUUCCGAUUCUGGGUCUCUCGCUGUACUGAAAAAUGCCUUACAGUCGGGAACACAAAGAAACGAACUGUGGGUGUUGCUGAAUGUAAGUUUGAUGGCUCUAAUCCUUACCUGCUCUUUGCCUUCCAUUUCCAUUACCAUAAAGCGUUCUGCUGUUGCGGUCUUCACAAUGAUUAA